CUACAGUUCUACUUCCAACAAAGAGUGUCUGCUACUAUAUUAUGAUUAUCUUUUAUAUUCUGACCUCUCCAACGGAAAGAAAGUUAGCAAAAAAGUAAAAGAAAAAAACUUUCCCUUUUACCAAACAAAAAAGACAGAAGCGAAGUUAAAGUUAGAAUUUUUGGUUUGGAUUCCUAUUCUCUUGUCUGAUCUCCUACUCUCUCAAGCUCCCAGCUCCUAUUUUCUGAUCUGGGUCUGCAAAUUCAAGCCACAAAGUGAAGUGGGUCUCUCUCUCCCUCCCACUCUCUUUGCUUUGCUUUGUUUGGCUCUUUAUGGGGGGUUUGGGUGGGCUUAAAUGUUGGUUUGGUCAUUUUUCAGGUAGAGAUCUUACGUAAACAUUAGUGGGUGUUUGGUCUUUUCUGGUUUUUAUGAUUUUAUAUGCUGAAGAGACCAAUGAUAUUUUAUUCUAUUGUAAAUUAGAUGCAAAAUAAUAAUGGGUUCUGGUUGUCAUUUGUUUAUAACAGAAUCAGCAUAAUUUUUGUUGUAUGAUUGUGAUUGCUAAAGUAAAAAACAAAGAUUGAUUUUUGUUCUUUUGGUGAGCGAAAAGGAACCCACUGUUAUCUUUUUUUUCCCUUUUUUGAAUUGGAGUGUAUCUACUCUUUGAAAGAAGCCCACAUAUUAUUGUGACUAUUUUGUUUAUUUGUAGCUUUGUAUUUUUAAAUUUUAACUUUUAGGUUCUUCUUUGAUGUCUGCUGGGGUGGGGUUAGAAUUUGUCUCAGCUAAGGGUAGUGAUUUGUGAUUAAAAGGAGCUGUUUUUCCCCCAUACUUUCAUUGUGUUUGAGUUGUUUUGGAGAGAGAAACCCAUCUUGCUAUUGUGGAGAUCUGGGACUUGUUUCAUCUCUUAUGCCCGAUGAGGACUUUCUUUCCCUCUGAGUCUUGUAAAGAAACACAGCUCAAUGCUCUCAAUCCACAGUCUUGGCUCCAAGUUGAAAGAGGGAAACUUUCCAAACUUUCAUUGCAUCCUUCUUCUUCUUCUUCUUCAUCCAUAGAAUCUUUUAUCAAGGUCCCUGAGCCACAGAUACUCCCAUUCUUUAAACCUGUUGAUUAUGUAGAAGUUUUAGCUCAAAUUCAUGAAGAACUCGAAUCAUGUCCUCCGCAAGAGAGGUCAAACCUCUGUUUAUUACAAUUUCAGGUGUUUAGAGGCCUUGGAGAGGUUAAAUUGAUGCGGAGAAGCCUCCGCGCAGCUUGGCAGAAGGCUAGCACUGUUCAUGAGAAGCUUGUAUUUGGGGCAUGGUUGAAGUAUGAGAAGCAAGGGGAAGAUCUUAUUGCUGACUUGCUUGGCACUUGUGUGAAAUGUGCACAAGAGUUUGGGCCUAUUGAUGUAGCAUCUCAGCUUCCCCUUAAUUUAAAUGUUAAUUCCCAUGAGUGUGUUUCAAUGAAUGGGAACCAAGUUUCGAGGAAUGUUAGUUUUAGAAUUGGAGAUGAGAAAAUAGUUUGUGAUAGGCAGAAAAUCUCUAGCCUUUCAGCCCCAUUUAAUGCUAUGCUAAAUGGGUGUUUCACAGAAUCACUUUGUGAGGACAUUGAUAUGUCUGAAAACAAUAUCUCGCCAUCAGGUAUGAGGGCAGUUAAGGAAUUUAGUAUGACAGGCAGUUUAAGUGAAGUCCCUCCAAAUCUCUUGCUGGAAAUAUUAUUUUUUGCAAACAAGUUUUGUUGUGAAAGGCUCAAAGAUGCUUGUGAUAGGAAACUCACAUCUCUGGUUUGCUCUAGAGAAGAUGCAGUGGAACUCAUGGAAUAUGCUCUUGAAGAAAAUACUCCAAUUUUAGCAGCCGCAUGUUUGCAAAUUUUUUUACGUGAACUACCUGAUUGUUUGAAUGAUGAUCGGGUGGUGGAGAUAUUUAUUAAUGCUAAUAGACAACAAAGAUCAAUCAUGGUUGGGCCAGCCUCAUUUUCCCUAUACUGUUUAUUAAGUGAAGUUGCCAUGAACCUUGAUCCUAGGUCUGGUAAAACAGCUUGUUUCCUAGAAAAGCUGAUUGAGUUUGCUGAAACAGACCGGCAGAGACUAUUGGGGCUUCAUCAAUUGGGAUGUGUGAGGUUGAUGAGGAAAGAGUACGAUGAAGCCGAACAUCUUUUUGAGGCAGCUUUGAACGCUGGCCAUAUUUAUUCUGUUGCAGGUUUGGCUAGAGUUGGUUACAUCAAGGGUCAUAAACUUUGGGCCUAUGAGAAGCUCAGCUCUGUAAUUUCCACUGUUACCCCACUUGGUUGGAUGCACCAGGAGAGAUCAUUAUACUGUGAAGGUGAUAAGAGGAAGGAGGACCUUGAGAAAGCAACUGAAUUGGACCCAACUCUUACUUAUCCCUACAUGUAUCGGGCUGCUUCAUCAAUGAGGAAACAGAAUGCUACAGAUGCGCUUAAAGAAAUUAAUCGGGUUCUUGGGUUUAAACUUGCAUUAGAAUGCUUGGAGCUUCGGUUUUGCUUCUUUUUGGCACUUGAGAAUUAUCAGUCAGCCCUUUGUGAUGUUCAGGCUAUUCUCACACUUUCCCCUGAUUAUAGGAUGUUUGAGGGACGGGUGGUAGCAUCCCAGCUCCGUACUCUUGUGCAUGAGCAUGUAGAUAAUUGGACUACAGCAGAUUGUUGGAUGCAAUUGUAUGAGCGGUGGUCUUCAGUUGAUGAUAUUGGGUCUCUGUCCGUUAUCUACCAGAUGCUUGAAUCUGAUGCAGCAAAAGGGAUUUUAUACUUCAGACAGUCUUUGCUUCUUUUGAGGUUGAACUGUGCUGAGGCAGCCAUGCGGAGUUUACAAUUAGCUCGCCAACAUGCAUCCAGUGAACAUGAACGGCUGGUCUAUGAGGGAUGGAUCUUAUAUGAUACUGGUCAUUGUGAGGAAGGGCUCCAGAAAGCAGAAGAGUCUAUCAAAAUCAAGAGGUCCUUUGAGGCCUUCUUCCUGAAAGCCUAUGCAUUGGCUGACUCUAGCCAAGAUCCAUCUUGUUCUUCAACUGUUGUUUCACUUCUUGAAGAUGCAUUGAAGUGUCCGUCAGACAGGCUUCGUAAAGGUCAGGCACUGAACAAUCUCGGAAGCGUUUAUGUAGACUGUGGGAAGUUAGACUUAGCAGCUAAUUGUUACAUUAAUGCCCUUAACAUCCGGCACACACGAGCCCACCAGGGCCUAGCUCGUGUUCAUUUUCUCAGAAAUGAUAAGUCUGCUGCAUAUGAUGAAAUGACCAAACUGAUUGAGAAGGCUCGGAACAAUGCAUCUGCCUAUGAGAAGAGGUCUGAGUACUGUGAUCGUGAUUUUACAAAGGCGGAUCUGGAGAUGGUCACCCAAUUAGAUCCCCUCCGGGUGUACCCUUACAGAUAUCGAGCUGCAGUGUUAAUGGACAGCCACAAAGAAAAUGAAGCCAUUGCUGAACUAUCAAGAGCAAUUUCAUUCAAAGCAGACGUUCACCUUCUACAUCUGCGGGCUGCGUUCCACGAGCACGUUGGCAAUGUCUUAGGUGCACUACGUGACUGUCGAGCAGCUCUUUCUGUUGAUCCAAACCAUCAAGAAAUGUUGGAGCUUCACAGCCGUGUAUACAGCCAUGAACCAUGAAUUAGAAAAAGAAAAUUGUAAGAUUGGAAAAAAAAGAAAAGAAAAGAAAGACAAG